AUGCUUAAAAUAAGUAAGGUGAUACUUUUUAUUGUAGUGAACAGUGAAGUAAACACUCGUCGUAUUUUGAAUGUUGAAGCAUGCUUUGGUAGUGCUGGUCAGCCAUUAGCUGCAUAUGGGCGAGUUUUAGUGGGUGAAGGUGUGCUGGUGAAGAUGUGUAGGAAAAAACCUAAACCGCGUCAGUUUUUUCUCUUCAACGAUAUUUUGGUUUAUGGAAAUAUCUUAAUCUCAAAAAAGCGAUACAACAAGCAACAUGUUAUUCCACUGGAGGAAGUACAGCUUCAGGAUCUUGAAGAUGAAGGUGAGAUGAGAAAUGGGUGGCUUAUUAAGACAAGGUCGAAGUCGUUUGCGGUUUUUGCUGCCACCAGCACGGAGAAGAAGGAGUGGAUUUUACAUAUAGAACGUUGUGUUCACGAUAUUCUCACGAAAGGUGGGAAAAAGCCUUCAACUGAACAUGCCGCAGUAUGGGUGCCUGACGGAGAAGCAACUAAAUGUAUGACUUGUCAAAAGACACAAUUUACUCUAAUUCAUCGUAGACAUCAUUGUCGUGCUUGUGGCAAUGUUGUGUGCGGCGCAUGCUCUUCUCACAGUUAUCGUAUUCCUGUAAGCAAAAGGCCUGUUCGUGUUUGCGAUGCCUGUUUUGCGAAGUUUACGGAGAAAAAUUCUGGGCAUUCUGACUUGAUUUCUGCUGGAUCAACUAUUUUAAAUGAUGCUUCAAGUGAUUCCGAUGAAGAUUAUAAAACUACUUCUUACGAUCAUCAGUCUACAUUCUACAGUAAAGUCGGAUCUGUUGAAAUGGAGCCGACUAGGUGUUCGUGGAAUCAUUCAUGCAAGCAGUGAGU